AUGUCUAUAAAUUGGCGGAACUUCUCAAAUGUUGAUCUGGAGAUCUCGAACGACGCAGGCUUCCCUCAGUCUGAGGUUUUUAACGCAGAAAAAAAACGCAACACUUCUGAGUAUCAGCGUACGGUUGACAUUCCAACCAUUAAGCAACUGCAGAACCGUCAGCGUCGCCUCUGCGAUGAGUGUACCCAGCACUGGAGCAAGAGAGCACGUGAGCUUGUAACAAAUGGAGAAGAGCUGAUAGACGAUGGGCAUGUGCCCAGUGACGAGGUGGGUUGA